AUGUCCUCUGCUACUUCUCGGCCACAGUACGCCAGUGUCAAGACGGAUGAGACUCAGCCAGAGUACGCCAAGUACAAGUCGAUGGAACAGUUCUUCAACCACAGACGUCUCCAACUCCAACAGAAGACACCCACACACUUCCACUUCCACGCCGGCGUCAAGCCAGGCACUCCUGGCCACAGAGCGUUGUCCUUCCCAGCCAGCCCACCACGUGCGUUGCUCUCACCAGAGGAGGCCGCCGCAGAGAAGAAGCGCCGUGUCAGUAAGAAGUAUCUUACCAUUUUGAAUCCAGGGUGGUGCCUGCGCAGAAGACAGCUUGUCGAGAUGUGGAACAAAGACAUACACAUGAGGCGCCAGUUAAGGGAUCAGAGGAGGGCCUCAUCAAAAAUGAAGGCGUUGGCCAAGGAAUUUAGGUUGAGUGAGGUGGUCAACGAGGACACGAAAUCUGUUGUACAGCAGAGGCGGUGA